AGCAUUUUCAGUUUCACCAUCACGAUGAGUCGCAAAAUAAAAAAUCAUGAUCUGCCGCAACCAUGGUUCAGAAUGAAAAAAAUCAGGAUCGAAAUAUAGAAACAAGUCGGUCGUGGAUCAUCAAGCUUCAAAAAAAAACAAAUGUAUUUAUCGCGCUCCCUUGGUCUUGCAGCUGGCGUUAACCAGCUGCUGACUUCGCAACAGCAGCGAACCGACGCUGGUAUGCAGGAAGAGGAGAGGACCUACGUUAUCCUGAGUAAAAACGUCCCCACCCCAUAGUCAGGAUGGGGAUUUUGCAACACAAAUCUAGGAGUUUUGGGAGUCACGCGUGACAAGUUGCAGUCGGUAGCGUAGUGCAGGUUAGCAAGUGCAGCCGCAUCACAGAUUCAUCUGCUCAUCCUGUUCACAGCAUCACAAAUUCCAAUACACGAUUGGAAGUGGCUCUCAUGGGGAUGAGCAUUACAAGUCUUCCUGUCUUUGCAAAUCUGCAUUACAACUCUGGGGUGGGUACGUUUUUACUCAGGAUAUACGUGGACCUGCGAAAUCGCGUGCAGCGGUUCAGGGAAAAGAAGCCUGGGACGCCGUUAUCAAAUGGAAAAAUCCCCCCUCCCCAUAUCGAAAGGAAGUUUCUGAUGCUCGAUUUGCGUAUAGGAAUCAGGUUUGUCUUGCGAUAGAGGACUGCAGGCGCCUGCCAAGCCUGAGUAGCGAGCUUUUGGCCUAGGCGCUUAGCAUGAGAAACGCCCAUGCUGCAGGCCCAACAGCAUUACAAACCGCCUGCAUAAUGCGGCAGAGCCUGUGGAGUUGUCUUCUUGCAAGACAGACGUGAUUUGUGGUCUCAAAUCAGCAAGACAAAUUUUCGGAAACAUUCCUUUUUCGAUAUGGGGAGGGGGGAUUUUUCCUCUCAAUAGCCGUGCACGGAGUGGGAAGAACUCGGGAAAGAGAGAGUGGGAUAACUACGCAUCUAGCACAUUUAGAAAGUAGAAAACUAGAACGGCGGAAUAGUUGUACCGUUUUUAGCUGCUUGUACUUGUCAUUUUUAACAUAAGGAUCAACGACUUCUUUGUCGCACUCUCAGGUGCGAGUGCGAAAAUUUCGGGGAGAAAAACGCGGUUCUGAAAGAAUGAUCCGAACGAAGAAGAUCCUUGUGAGGUGGAGCAUUUUCAGUGUGAGGUGGAACGCACCAGGAGCUGCCCUUCCUGUUUUCAAGUCCUCAGCGAAGGCUUCGGCAAGUAGUGGCGUCUCUGCUCGGAGUUUCCGGAAGUCAGGGAGUCGGCUAUUGCGAUAAGAAGGCUGUCGUGAACAUCUUGCGGAGCAGCGACACUGUGGGGCUGGGCGAAGAAGGUUGUGUGAUUAUCGUUUGCAUCACCACCUGCUGCGAUGUGUUAUGUGUUGAUGUCUUGCCUUGAGGAGUUGUGACCAUAUUUCGCGUUCUUCUUCGCCCUCCGACCAUGAGUCGAUGUGCUCUGCCCUCGGGCUGCAGGUCGAGGCCUCGGUGCUGCAGUUCUACCUCCUUCGGUUUAUGGUACAGUGUGGAUCUCUACCUGGCUCGGUUGUCGAAAACGUUAAAAACUCUAAAAAACGGGCUCCGGGCUGUGUGGGUAGUGGUCCGCGUUUUUGUUCCUUCGGUUCGGGGGGCUUUGGGUGACUCUGCAGUGAUCAUCUCGGUGUUUCCUGCAAAGCAGCUGUUUACGAGCGGCGGGCUUGGGAUGUGUCGUGGCUGGAGCUUCGGAGGAGGCUCGCGUCAGGAUUUCACGGAAAUCUGUAUUUUUGUUGAAAGAAAGGAUUUUAAGUACAUUA